AUGAACGACGGGGAUUGGAUAUGCAGUGACCCGAACUGCGGCAAUAUUAAUUUUGCACGCCGAAACUCUUGUUAUCGUUGUAACAAGGAAAGACCUAAUGGAGCAAAAGCUUUUAAGAAGAAACUUGGUACUGAAAUAGGAAAAUCAGCUGCUGAAAAAUCUCGAGGACUUUUUAAUGCCGACGACUGGCAAUGCAACAAAUGUGCGAAUGUCAAUUGGGCCCGGCGUCAGACUUGUAAUGUAUGCAAUGCACCGAAGUUUGGCGAGGUCGAAGCACGUACUGGUUAUGGAGGGGGUUAUAAUGAAAGAGGUGUCGUAGAAUAUCGCAGAAGAGAACCAUCUUCAGAUGACGAAUAUGAUGAGUUUGGACGCAAGAGACGUAAACGGAAGUCAGAGUCUGAGGUUGGCAUCACUGAAGGACCUGUAAACAAAAAGUUGCCACCGACUAUGCUGCAGAAGGAAACUAAAAUGGAUCUUGUGAUGCCUGUACCACCUCCAAAUGUGCCAUUACAAAUAAAAAAGGAUACUGAAAAAGUCAGUGGCAGUCUUAGUGAUGGAUCAGUUUGUGAACUACCACCACUCAGUAAAAUGGCAUUGCGGCGGAAUCAGUUCCAAAACCAAUCUAGCUAUUACAGGCCAGAUACAAAUAUACCUCCUUACAAGGCUAAUGGAGUGUCACGUAAACGUUUUUCCAGUACAGGUGAUAAAGAUCAAACUGGUUCUUCUGGAUAUGAAACGAGUUCCAAAAUUGGAAGAAGUGAUAACAGUGUCUCUCCUGCACUCAAACCUUAUAACCCUGUUAUGGAAAAUAGAGUAUCUUCAACAAAUAAUGAUGUGGUAUAUAAAUUUACUGGAUUAACACCAGCUGAAGACUUUGAAGUGACAUAUACAGUGGAAGAAAGAGUAAAAGCAGCAGCAUUUGCAAUAGUAUACAAUAAUUGCAAGAUUAGUACAGAUAAGUUUGAAGUUAUGUAUGACAAACCUGCACCAGAUUUUAAAACUAUUUUUGGUUGGAGGCAAAGAUUAUUAACUACUGGCUGUCUGGUGGAUACACAUUUAGAAAUGCCAAAAAAAGAUGUUGAGAGAUCUGCUACAAAUAUGACACCUAAGAUAAAUAACAGUAUUAGAAAAAAAUUAAAUCAGAAACCUUUAAAUCCAGAUGAAAUUGCUAUUAUAUCUGAUACUGAUGAUGAUGGUCUCAAAAAUUCUGAAGCCAACAAUCAUUCUAUAUUUGGUUUAAGGCAAAAAAGUAUUAGCACAGAUACUCUACUUAUUGGUGGUAUAGAUUCUGAAACAAGGGUCGCUGGUGGCUCUUCAGUAGAUGAAAGGAUAUCACAAGGUAGAAGUCACUCAGCAUCUACACAUCAUCGAACAAGAUCAAGCUCUCGUGAUAGUCAAGAUUCUAACUACCCAGAUUCAGAUUUAGAACAAGCAAAUACUAAUAUUGUCAAUAGAAGGAAAAGCCCGCCCUCUAAAACAAGUACAACUCGUCAAUCUGUUAAUGAAUCAGAUUCAGAUUCAUAUUCUUAUAAUAGUGAUGAAGUAGACUUCCGAUCACGUGUUUUUGGUGAUAGGAAAAUAAAACGAAAAGUGAAAAAACGUUUAAAUCCAUCUAUCCAAACAAGUUCUUAUGUUUCCAAUGAAAAUCAAUCUUUUCAAGGGUAUAGUACACUUAAGGCCUUAGAACAGUCACCAUUAGUAACAGGUAACAUUUAUACUGUUAAUUUUCGAAACAUGGGUGUUAUUCCGAGACAACAAGAGAACAAUAACAUCCUAGAUACUGAUGGCUGUUCCAGCGAAUAUGUGCCAACACGAUUGGGUGCCACAGCUAAGAAAAAUUAUCAAGAUUUUAAAAAUAAUGUAAAAAAGAGAGGUUUUUGGGCAAAAGGAAAUGGAAACAGUUUUUCAAAAAAUGUUACUAUAACUAGUAGCAGUCCAAUAGUUGAGACUAAUGGUGCACCUGUAAAGAGUUCACAUGUAAAUGAUCAUUAUAUUGAACGUCCAUCCGGUGAACCACAAGGAUAUAGUUCCACACAGCUGCCCGGCUUAGAAAGUCGAAAUGAAGAUUUUACAAAAGAUGAAAUUGAUAAUGGUACAACAGUUGAACAUUAUAUGCCAUUUGAUAAACCUGCUGAUAAUCAUAAGGUGAAACCACUUGAAAAUUCGUAUCGAAUAUUUGAUGUUGUUCAGUCUAAUCCAGCCAUUAAAAAUAAAAGUAUAAUGGAUAUAUUUGGAAACAAUGAAAAUUAUGAUAGUGCUGAGAAUAACAAUGUAGAUAAUAUUGAAUGUUCUAAGAAACGUUAUGAAACUGUUUGGGAUGAAGAUGAUGAUGCUCUCUAUAAAGAUUCAGAUUCAGUGGAAAUGUCAACGAAUUCACAUCGAAAUCGUACACCCUCACCUCCAAGUAUUGGAUCUUUGAGGACCCAAAGUCCUACUACAGAUAUGUUAUAUGCUACUAGUAGUGAUGUAAAAAAAGUUAACGAAACACAAUUCACUCAAGAUUUUAUUAGAGACAAACAUGAAAUGCUGUUAGGGUUGCUAGAAGAUAUAAAAGAAAAUAACGAAAAAAGUAUUGUUGAUCAAGUUUUGUCUACUACAACAAAGCCUAUCAAAAUACCACAGACUGAAAACAUCACAAAUGUUUCCAAUCAAGUUUAUCAACAAAAAUCACCUCAAAUAAUGAAUCAUAAUUGCCUUAAUCAGAAGCUACCAGCAAUUCCUACAAAGCUAUCUGAUGAAAUAAGAGCCAUGUCUGAAGAAGUCAAAGACAAAUCUCCUGCAAAGAAAAAUCAUAAAAUUAUAAGUCCUUCCAAGAAAGUACAUGUUUUAGAAUCAAUCACUAUUAAAACAGAUAAACCAGUUAAUAUUCCACAUAUUCAGAGUAAUACUAUCCAGUACAAUGCAGAUCGAACUCAUUCCGUUACAGAACAGCCUAAAGAAGUUAAUACAUUGCAAGGACCAUUUGUACCAGAAACAAAUACAACUAAUAAUCAAAAUCAAAUCUCACCCCAAUUAGAUCUAACAGGUUUAUUAUCCGGUAUAAAUACAAAUACACUGUUACUUGCCCUUCAAAAUUUACAGCAUCUUACACAGAAAACAAAUGACAUUCCAAAUAAUGAUCCAACUAGGUUUAAUUGUCAAGAUGCUAGGAAUAAUGAAGGAGGAGGGGAUAAACUAGAAACAAUAAAUUUAACAAACGAUGAGGACUGGGAAAAGGAGUCCAAUCUGGAUGAAAGUAUAGAAAGAGAGUUGGAAAAGUUGGAUGGUAGUACUGGUGAUACACCUUUUUUAAGUGAUAUUUUUGACCCAGGUCCAGUAGUUCUUCCGCCGAAUAUAAAUAAAAAAUUAAACAUUAAUCUUAAAAAUCCAGAUGAAAGUAAGAAAAAUCAAACACUUCAUCUAAAUGAAAACGCGCCUGUGAUAGGAAACUUUAAAAGCUUCGCACUUCCAAAACCAAUUUUAUUAAAUAGGUUAAAAUUAACAGUUAAGCAAACUGAGAAGAAUGCAAAGGAUGGUAGAAGAGGAAAACGAAAUAAAAAGCCUAGAACAUCUGCUUCUCAAGAAAACCAGGCUGGUGGAGAAGAAGAUGAUGAGGAGGAGUCUGGAGAUGAUGCAGAUCUCUCUAAGUAUGAUCUAUGGGGCAGCGACGGGGAAGAAGGCAACUCUUCCAAAAUGGAUAAUGAUGAUAAACAAAAGGAUGAAGACACAUCAAAAGACAGCUCUUCAAAUCCUUCAGAAAAAAAUGGAAAAUCAGAUGUAAAAAAUAGGAAAAGGUCUCGAAGUUCAUCGUCGUCGUCUAGUUCAUCAUCGAGUUCAAGUUCUAGUCAUAGUUCAUCAAGAUCGCAAGCUCCCAAAAAUAAGUUCGACGAUUUCAAUUUGAACAGUGAGCGGGAAUCCCAGCACGGUUCCCCGAAGAGUCGCAAGUCGCGGUCGCGGUCGAGGUCGCCUCGGUCACGCUCCGCUAGUACGCCGUCUCGACGCAAAUCGCGCGAUAGCCGGUCAGCUGGAGAGUCCAGGAAUCACGAAUCGUCCCGAGAUAAGGAGAGGUCGCGCGACCACGACCGGCGCGACCGGUCCCGAGGCGCCCGCGACCCCAAGGAGCGUCGGUACAGUCGCGACGGUAACCACUACAGUGCUAGAGGACGACACCGU